CUGUUUCGUUUCCUUUUGAUGCUAAUUUGUUUUGAGAGGACGGCCUGCUUUAGGGCUUCCGUUUUAUCUUUCCCUCCUUGCAAAUCUUCUUUCAUCUCCUUCAAGUUCAUCAAAUCCAAGCGAUGUCAUAUUCAAGAGAGGGAAGGUCUACCUCUCCCUCCCGCUCCCCCUCACCCCAUAGAGGUCAUAGGUCAAGAUCAUUGUCAAGGUCAAGGGGGAGGAGUCGCUCCAGGAGCCAAGAUUCUGGAGAUGCAGCCAAUCCCGGAAAUAACUUGUAUGUUACAGGCUUAUCUACAAGGGUUACUACCAAUGAUCUUGAGAAAUAUUUUAGCCGUGAAGGAAAGGUUGUGGAAUGCCAUCUUGUGACUGAUCCUCGUACAAGAGAAUCUCGUGGAUUUGGAUUUGUAACAAUGGAAACUCUUGAGGAUGCUGACCGCUGUAUCAAAUAUCUAGACCGUUCUGUGCUUGAAGGUCGAUUAAUCACAGUUCAAAAGGCAAAACGGAGUCGUGGGAGGACACCAACUCCAGGCAGAUACCAUGGUCUGAUGGACCGAAGAGGGCGUGGUCGCAGACGGUCUCGUAGCUAUUCACCUCGCAAGCGGCAGGACAGAGAUUAUAGGCGAGGAAGAUCAAGAUCUCGCUCUCCAUAUGGAAGGAGGGGAGAUGAUUACCCGGACCUGCAUAGGAGGCGUAGAGAACGCUCUUUAUCAGCUGGCAGCGACGGAAAUCACAGGGCAGGUUAACCCAAAUUUUUAUAGUUACUCCACUGAGCUUUGUCCUGUCCUGUGCAUUAAUUAGCUAGCUAGACGUCUUUUAAACCCUGUACCCGUGGAGCCUUUUUUCUCCCCAAGUGUGAACUUGCAUGCAACUGAAUUCCUUCCCAUCUGUUGUCUGUAUUACGUUUAACCCAUUAAUCCUCUUUACCGCUUCAACGAGUUCAGCUUUGAGGAUUGUGUUUGACUAAUUAAUUGAAGCUUCCUUUUCAUUUUCA